AUGGAUUAAAAGAGUCCCUAAAAAUAGUCAUCGUCGCCAAUAAAAAUGUCUAUCAAUAAUAUAGAUAAAAUCACAUAUGCAAUUAAGGAUUCUUGGAAGAAUUAAUAAGAUGAAAAUCAGAAACUGUUUGAUUAGUUUUUAUAAUAUUGCAAAUCCCAAUAUCCCGUAUUCAAUAUCAAAUUCACGUGUUCCAUCAGCGGAGAAUGGUUAGAGUAGCCAGUGUCAUUUACGCAAUGCAUAAUAGAUAAAAAACAUCUGAAUGAUUGCUUUGAUCUUAAAUAGAUAUUGAAAUAUUUGAUACAGAAUGACAGUAAUUUUAUGUAAGAUGGAUAUAUAUAGUGCCCUCUAUGCAGAUCAAAGAGUCAUUUUAAAAAAGAUAUACCAUUAAUCCCAAAUCUGUUUUUCCAAUAACUUAAAUAACAAUUAAAUGACAAAUCGAAGCCAAUAACCUACUAUUUAUCUACUCAAACCCUGAUUCCAUUCUACCCAGGCUUUCUAGGGAAGGAGCAAUUUCAAUACAAUAAUCAAAUUUAACAAAUAUUCAGUCAGUAAUAAGAUGCUCAACAGAGUUUCUCUACUAUUAGAAAGAUUAUAAAGGGGAACGAAUCCUUUAAAUAUUUUCAUGUAUGUUUAUUAGGGAACAUAAGAAUCUAAAUUCCAGUGAGAGGAAAACAAUGCCGCCACUUAGAAUGCUAUGAUUUUCUAUACUUACAUUGGUACAUGCAACAACGAGAUUAAAAGUAAUUGAAGUGUCUACUCCUGGGAUGUUAGGAGAUUAUUAAUUUAAAUGAAUUGUAAUUGGACUCAGAGUUGUACGAGAUAGGAUUGAAAAGUUUUAAUUUCUCAUCAGACUUUAUAUUUGAUCCCUAGUCCUCAACUUUGUUGGAUACAUACUCAAUCACGAAUUACGACCCUCAGAUAGCUGCUUACAAGAAGUUGGUUCCAACAACUACAGAAAAUAUGAAUUAUAUAAAAUCUAUCUAUGAUCUCACAGAUAGAAUUUAUUCCUCUACACGAAAUUAGGAAUUGACGGAUAAGUUUUAUGAACAUCCCUUGAAUGGCGAUCUCAAUGUUAUUAAGGAUUAAAGUACCAAUUGCAAAGUUGAAAUUCCAUGUAGAUGUAUUAGAUGUGAUAAAGUAAAUGUUUGCGAUCUAAGAUUCAUGAGUUGCAUCUUAAAUUAAGUGCAACACCCAGAAAACAGAAAUGGAGUCAAGACCUAUUCAGUUUCUUGUCCUUUGUGUAAUAAUCCUUUUUCGCCUAAGAAAAGACACAGGGAUCAGAGUGUUCACGAAUAAGUUUAUGUGGAUACAAAGAUGCUCAAUUUCAUAACCACCAUUAAGAAUUUCAAUUACCUAAACAAGGAAAAAUAUCAACUCUUUUUAUAAAAAAAACUGUAUCCCUCUUUGAGAUUUGAAGAAUUGGAAUCUCCAAUUUAAGAAUUAGACUAAUUUAAUCUAAAAUUGAGAUGUUUAAUAACAAAUUAGAAGUUAAGAAAUCCAAUUAGAGGCAUCUAUUGUCAUCAUCCUGAAGCCUUCGAUGAGAAUAGUCUUACUGAUUUGUGUUCGACAGGUUAAUUAGAUCUGAAUUUGGCACAGUGUCCUUUGUGUCAAUAAAGUAUUCAUAAGCUAACUCAUGAUAAUACUUUAAAGGAGCUUUUAGGUUAAUUAUAAGGAGAUUUUGAUGAAGUUUAAGUGUUUCCAAAAUUGAAACUAAUCAAACAAUUAAAAUGA